AUUAUUCUGUUUUCGCAAUCGAUAAGCCAACUAUUUUUGCUAUUGUUAACCGGCGAUAUGGCGAAGUUGGAUGAACGUAUUGGAUUUAUUGGAGGCGGAAAUAUGGCCUUUGCAAUUGGUUCGGGCCUAAUUAGUGGUGGAAUUGUUAAGGCCAGCCAAGUUAUGGUUUCGGGACCUCAUCUUGAAAAUCUGUCCCGGUGGCGUGAACUGGGCGCAGUUACAACUGAUGAAAACUACGAUGUCGUUGAGCACACUGAUAUUAUUUUUAUCUGUGUUAAGCCUCAUAUGCUCGCUCCCUGUGCAGCGCAGCUCAAGUUCAAAUACGUUCCAUCGGCAAAGAACGCUAGCAAAUUAUUGGUCUCGGUUCUAGCGGGCACAACCUUAAACACUCUAGAAGAGAAAUUCGCAUUCAUAGAAAGUUCGGGACUGAAGAUUAUACGCACAAUGCCCAAUACAUCGAUGCAAGUAGGAGAGGGCUGUACUGUGUACGCCGGCAACUCACAUGUCAUGCAUCAAGAUCUUGAAAAAGUCCACUUGAUGCUUAAUUCUUUGGGUCUCGCACAGCAAGUACCAGAGCCAAUGAUCGAUGCCGUCACAGGUGUCACAGGCUGCGGACCAGCAUUUGUUUAUACCAUUAUAGAGGCUCUUGCCGAUGGUGCAGUAAAACAAGGAGUACCGCGUCAAAUGGCAUUGCAAUUUGCCGCCCAGACAUUGCUGGGCGCCGCCAAGACGGUGCUGCUAACAGGAAAGCAUCCAGCUGUUCUGCGCGAUGAGGUCUGCUCGCCUGGCGGUUCUACUAUUGUUGGCGUCCACGAACUCGAAAAGGGUAAUCUGAGAGCCACAAUUAUUAACGCUGUAGAAAAGUCAUCAUUGCGCUCAGCAGAACUGGGAAAAAAGUAAACUGACCCCUCCGUUAAGCAUGGUCCUCCCCCUUUAAGCCCUCUAGGCAUGUAUAAGGCAAACAGUUCCAUUUAAAUAUACUAAAGUCGGUGAUAUAAUCAA